AUGGAUAAGAACUCGUUAUUGGCAUCCUUGACGGGAGAAGCCGAUUUCAAUGGCGAGAAGACCGAGCAAGAACAUGAUUUGUUUGGAGAUAUCCCCGUGGAAGACGAUCAGGAUGCUGCUCUAGCUCCUCCUUUCGCUGUUGGUGGACAGCAACCUCCGCCAAAUGGAGCUUCUCUGCCCCCACUGACAUCACCACCUGGAGCCGUUCCUUCACCUGUGGUGAAUGGUGGAUCUAUGUCUAAGAAUGGAAUGGCACCCGUCGCUCCUCAGCCACCACCAGCUGCACCAGCACCAGCUCCAUCACUGCUGGCUCAAAGCGGAUUGCUCGGAAUAGCAGACUCCAGUGAUGGAGAUGGUGGUGGAUUGUUUGAUGCUGUAGAUGAAGAACAAGCCCAAAAGGAAGCAGAAGAACUCAGAAUUCGUGAAGAAGCUGAACAAAAGCGGUUGGAACAACAGCGUGAAGAAGAGGAACGUCAAAAACAAAUUCAACUACAAAAAGAGGAAGAAGAGCGUCGUCGACGGGAGCAAGAGGAGCAAUUGCGGCAGCAACAACAAAAACAGCAGCAGCAACAAAUGCAAAUGAAGCAACAACAACAACAACAGAGGCAAAUGCAACUGCAGCAACAACAGCAAAUGAGCGCCUCGUAUGCUACGCAGAAUCAUCCAAUGGGACAAUAUCAACAACCACCAAUGCAGCAGCAACCGCCACAACAGCAGCAGUCUGCUAUGAUGCAGAGCACUGUCAUCCCUCCUCAACAGCAGCAACCUCAACAAUUGAAUAGUCAAAUACAAAGUAUGACAUUGAACGCUCAAACACCACAGGACGAUGGAGGCUUUUAUCGCGAUCAUGCUUCACCCAUGGCAGGAAGCAUGGUAAAUGGUGGACCUCCUUCAAACGUUGCCGUUGGUGCCGCGGUACCUACACUACAAGUCAACCAAGGGCAACCCCAAGGCAACAACUACUACUAUGGGACUCAGCAACAACCUCAGCAACAGCAGCAGCAGCAACAACAAAUGGCCCAGAGUCAACUUGGAAUCACGACGGCAGGCAUGCACAAUGCCAUGCCGGGUGCGGGUCAAGUGCGAAAGAUGGUUCUUUCCAAACCGGAUGAUGUUACAUCGCUUUACACUAAGAUUGUUGUCUCGGAACCCAUGUUGAUUCAGACUCAGAACUUUUUGUUGAGUAGUCCGCCCUAUUGGUCCUACCAAGUGACGAGCUCGUUGUCCAACAAUCAAGGUACUUGGUUAGUUCGCCGUCGUUUCCGCCACAUUGUGGCAUUGGAAGAUCGACUUCGACAAUCGUGUUUGGGAUGCAUUUUGCCCCCUCGUCCAGAAAAGCACGCCACUCGUGCUUUGGAAGAGGCCACCACCCAACAGUCGGCGGAAUUUGCCAUGCAACGUGCGAACGAAAUGGAGUCUUACCUCAAUUCUUUGGCCGUCCACCCAGUGGCAGGACAAUCACAAGAACUGCGCUUGUUCUUGGGACUGCAAGAUGACAUUGGAACUGCUUGGUCUGAAGUUUCCAACAAUGCGUUUACGCGAUUGGGAGCCAUGGGAGCCGGCAUGUCCAUGAAGGUUGCUGAUACUACUUCUGCUUCGAUCAAUGCUCACGAGUGGGAAGACAAUGCGGAAUUGCUGGGCAUGUGCAGUUCGGAAAACUUGCGCAUGGGUGCUGUGGUAACGGCAGUUCCUAAACUAGAAGGGACGGCUGCCAUUCUUCGCGAACAAGGUGAUGCUUCUGGUGCAGUGGGUAUGGAACUGUCCAAAGUUCCUAAGAUUUCUGACGACUUGAAGAUGUGCGAUGUUCUCUCGAAUGGCCUCUUGCGCAAUGGCCGUCGUACCAAACGACUAGCGUUGGAGCUUUCGGCCGCGCUGGAACCAUUCAUGGAGCAGUACAAGACGGUGCGCUACGAACGCUGGGCGAUGCAAGAUCGCAAAACGGCACUUCAACGCAGGUCCAAGGAACGCGGUCGAGCCGACUCCAGAGCCAUGUACUUGGCCCAACAGCAACGUCAAUUGCAAGCAUCGGGACAAUUUGGACAUCUGUCCCACUUGGAGCAAUCUGCGGUGCAGGGUGAUCAAUUCGCUCUUGGCGCGGUGGGUGAAGCCGACGAAAUUGGUGCUAGAUUGAAGUCCGAAAUUAAUCGCAUUGCUGUUCAAAGACGGAUUCAAUGGAACGCCAGCAUCAAGUCAAUUGCGAGUAGCAUGAAGGAAGCAUCUAGCGAGCGCCAUGCUAUCUGGCAAUCUACUCUUGAAGCCUUUCAAGAAAGCUUUCCUUCGUCUUAG